UCGAAAUGUCGUUCAGAACGCGUCUCUUUCUUCUAUUCGCGCUGGUAUCACUUGUCCGUAACGGCCGGGCUACUACUAAUUGCAGUGCAUGCCGUUCCCGCUACAACUUGACCCAUUGCCAGAAAACAUCUAGCCGGGUGUCCUGUACCGUAGGUUUAAUCGUUCAAAGUCAAUCCUCGUUGUUACCGUGGAAUCCGUCGCUCAAAACUUCCGGACGUUCGAUGGAUUUCCGCUGUUUCCAGUUGAACUUCACCACACCGACCGGAGAACGUCACUUCGAGAUGGGAUGCACCAACAAUACCCGGUUCUGUGAUGGGUGGACCGUGCGGCGCAACUGUACCGUUUUUGGUCUACCGAAGUUAUCUCAAACAGGAGGCUACCAAGCUUCACCGUACCAGAAACCAUCCCGAGCUGAACGGCUACUAAGUGCCCUUGAGCUGUGGCCACUGGUUCUCAUGGCUUCGCUCUACUAUCUGAUCAAUCGCCGCUCGAACUGAUAAGGCGUUCAGUGAAAGCUAAUCCGAUCCGAACUUUCGCCUUGAUCAGUUAAUUCGUUCCGUCGAUGUUAUUAAAACUUAAUUACAAAUAGGCACUGGCCUGCCGAAAUUAAUCAUCGUUGCCUGCUGCGAUGAUUAAGCGCGCUCGAGUGAGUUUUGUUUUUUCUUUUAAAUUUUUGAGUUCAGUUUAUUAACACCGAAAGAAGAUUAUACCAUGUCAUC